AUGAGGUCAGCCAACAGCUUCAACGUCAGCACUGCGAACCACCAAACCUUUCUCCUAGUUGGCAUUCCUGGCAUGCGGGAGUACAAUUCUUGGAUGGCCUUCCCUCUGUUUCUGCUCUACGUCCUAACUCUGCUUGGAAACCUUGUGAUUCUCUUUGUCAUCAAGACAGAGCAAAGCCUCCAUGAGCCCAUGUACAUCUUCCUCUCCAUCCUCGCCUGCUCAGAUCUGGGCCUCUCCUUGUCCACCAUGCCAACGAUGUUGGGUGUUUAUUGGUUUGACUCCAGAGAAAUCUCAUUCAAUGGCUGCAUAACUCAGAUGUUUUUCAUCCAUUUAUUUCAAUCGAUAGAGUCCGGAAUCCUUGUGGCAAUGGCCUUUGAUCGUGUCAUUGCCAUACAAAAACCUCUAAGAUACACUUUACUUCUCCCAAAUACAGUGAUUGGAAAAAUUGGACUAGCUGUCUUGGGCAGAAGUUUCUCCAUCUGCUUACCAGUCCCCUUCCUUAUUAAACGGCUGCCCUUCUGUAGGUCCAAUGUCCUUUCUCAGUCCUAUUGUCUCCACCCUGAUACAAUGAAGUUAGCCUGUGCAGACAUAACAGUCAAUAUGUUAUAUGGGUUGAUUAUAGUCAUUUGUACAUUAGGUUUGGACGUCGUGAUCAUUCUCAUCUCGUACUUCUUGAUCCUGAAGACCGUUUUGAGCAUCGCCUCGCAUGAGGAACGUUUCAAGACUCUGAACACCUGCGUCUCGCAUAUCUGUGCCAUCUUGAUUUUUUACGUUCCAAUGAUUGGUGUCACUGCAGUUCACCGGUUCGGAAGACACCUGUCCCCCAUUGUGCACAUGAUGAUGGCCAACAUCUACAUUGCAGUGCCACCCGUUCUUAAUCCCAUUGUGUACAGUGUGAAAACCCAACAGAUUUGGCAAAGGAUACACAAAAUGUUCCAGCAAAAGAAAAGCAGGAGUUGA